AAACAACAUCAAAUUAUGGUUAACCUGAACCCCAUCUCUCACCUCAUUCUUCACCUUUUGCUCUUGCUAUUUUUAGCUUCUUCAGGUUCGGGGCAUGGAGUUCCAGGUUCAUGCUUCGAGGAAGAGAGACAAGCUCUUCUCAGCUUCAAACAUGAUCUUGCCGAUCGCUCUGGCAGGCUUUCUUUUUGGGUGGGUCAUGCAUGCUGUCAAUGGCAAGGGAUUUCAUGCAACAAUCGAACUAGUCAUGUUGAAAAGAUGGACCUUCGAAAUACAUAUGAUGAUACCUACCAUGGGGUUUGGAACUACACCAAGUAUAAACAGUUCUGUUUAGUGGGUAAGAUAAAUCCUUCUUUGCUUCGCUUGAAACAUUUAUCUUACUUAGAUCUAAGCCAGAACGAUUUUCAAUUCGUUCACAUCCCCAAGUUCAUUGGGCAGCUUACGAGUUUGAGGUAUCUCAAUCUCUCAUAUUCCUCCUUUGCAGGAGAGAUUCCCUCCUCUCUUGGUAACCUCUCAAACUUGAACUAUUUGGACCUUGAAUCUUAUCCCUAUCGCAAUGGUGUUUCUUCCAAAAACUUGAAUUGGCUUUCUCAUCUAUCUUCCUUAAAAUAUCUCUAUCUUGGAGGUGUGAACCUCAACCGCAUGGGAGUAAGUUGGCUACAUGAUGUCAACAUGCUUCCUUCACUCUUAGAGUUGCAUUUGCUUGAUUGCCAAAUUGAUGGAAACCAGCUUCCACUCUCCCUGCCCACAAUUAACUUCACAUCACUUUUGGUCCUUGAUAUGUCUUACAAUGUUAUUGAUUCUUCAUUCCCCACAUGGCUUUUAAAUCUUACUAGCCUCAAAUCCCUCGAACACCUAGACUUAUCUGCUAUGUAUCUCCAAGGCCAAAUUCCUCAAGUUAUUGGACGUCUGUGCAAGCUAAAGAUGUUAAAUCUUGGGUUCAACCAAUUUAGCGGAGGUCUUGAAGAGAUUUUGAGUGGUUUCUCAAAUUGUCGAGAUAAUGGGGGAUGGUAAGUGAAUUGCAGCAUCUUAACCUCCGUGACAACUCUUUUUUGGAUCAUUUCCAGAAUCUUUUCGACACUUAUCAUCCUUGAAAACACUGGACCUCUCUUAUAAUGGUAUGAACGGUUCCAUUAUUCCUCAAGAUUUGGGACAACUCUCUCAGCUAGUCGACCUAGAUCUGUCUCGGAAUUCAUGGAAAGGAAUUCUAACGGAAGCGCAUCUCAUGAACCUCAGGAGAUUGGAGACAUUUCAAAUAAGCACAGACAGACCUGCUUUGUCAUCAUCCCUCAUUUUCAAUGUGACUGAUGACUGGGUUCCCGCAUUCAACCUCCGCGAAGUUUACAUUCAAAACUGCAGAUUGGGUCCUGCGUUUCCGGUAUGGCUUCGAUCUCAAACUCAACUAGUUGAUGUCCUGCUUGAUAAUACUGGAAUUUCAGAUUGAA